AUGCCCACCCGUAAUAUCGGUAUCCUCACCUCCGGCGGCGAUGCCCCCGGCAUGAACGCCGCCAUCCGCGCCGUCGUCCGCACCGCCAUCCGCUUCUCCUGCACCCCCUACGCCAUCCACGAAGGCUACGACGGCCUAAUCACCGGUGGACCCGCUAGCAUUCACCCUCUCGUCUGGGAAGACGUGCGCGGUUACCUCCCCCGAGGAGGCACCUUGAUCGGAUCUGUGCGAUGCAAACCCUUCAUGCAGCGCGAGGGGCGUCUACAGGCAGCCAAGAACCUGAUUCUCAACGCGAUCGACGCGCUGGUGAUCUGCGGCGGAGACGGCAGCUUAACAGGAGCAGAUGUCUUUCGCGGCGAGUGGUCGGGUCUACUGGCCGAACUAGUGGAGGAGGGCGAAUUGGAACCUGAGCAGGUCAAGGGUCAUGAGAAUCUAAGUGUCGUGGGUCUGUUGGGUUCCAUUGAUAAUGAUUUUUCGGGCACGGAUGCUACGAUCGGUUGUUAUUCGGCGUUGACGAGGAUCUGCGAGGCCGUGGAUGAUGUCUUUGAUACGGCGAGCUCCCAUCGCAGGGGAUUUGUGAUUGAGGUGAUGGGUAGGCAUUGUGGAUGGUUGGCGCUCAUGGCCGCUAUUGCUACCGGGGCCGAUUGGUUGUUUAUUCCGGAGAGACCACCGAGGCAGGGCUGGGAGGACGAUAUGUGUGAGAUUAUUAUGAAGAAUCGAAACCGUGGCAAACGACGCACCAUUGUCAUCAUGGCUGAAGGUGCCCAGGAUCAUAAUUUGCAGCGCAUUUCCUCCGAAAUGGUCAAAAACGUCCUCAGUAGCCGGUUGGAUCUCGACACGCGUGUUACCGUGCUUGGUCAUAUUCAGCGCGGUGGCAGUCCCUGCGCCUACGACCGUUGGCUCGCCACCCUGCAGGGCAUUGAGGCCGUCAAAGCGGUGCUUGAUAUGACGCCCGACUCUCCGUCGCCAGUCGUGACAAUUCAGGAGGCGCGGAUUAAAACCUCCUCGUUGGCUGAGACGGUGGCUCUCACUAAAGAGGCCAAUGCGAGUCUGCAGGCAAAGGACUUUGACAAAGCGAUGCAGCUGCGAGAUCCCGAGUUCAUGGAACAUCACCGGGCAUAUCGACGACUGAGCACGGCAGAUCAUCCGCGUACGAUGCUGCCAGAGGAGAAGAGGAUGCGCAUCGCCAUCGUUCACGUCGGAAAUCCCGCCGCUGGCAUGAACGCCGCCACGCGCGCUGCCGUUGCCUACUGCCUGACCAAAGGACACACUCCCAUCGCUAUCCACAAUGGCUUCCCUGGUCUCUGUCGUCACCACGCCGACACGCCCGUCUCCAGCGUGCGAGUCCUACGUUGGGAAGACUGCGAAGACUGGAUCACCGACGGCGGCUCAGAUAUCGGCACGAACAUCGGCCUGCCCGAUGCUGACCUACCCACCACCGCACGUUGCUUCGAAUCGCACUCCUUCGACGCCCUUCUCGUCAUCGGCGGCCCCGAAGCCCACGCUGCAAUCCACCAACUCCGCGCCGCCAGAUCCACCUACCCAUCCUUCCGCAUUCCCAUGAUCCUCCUCCCCGCCAGCAUGGCCAACAACGUCCCCGGAACCGAGUACAGUCUCGGCUGCGACACCAGUCUCAACACCCUCGUCUACUUCUGCGACGUCCUCCGACAAUCUGCUUCCUCGUCUCGGCGCCGCGUGUUCGUCGUCGAAGCCCAAGGCUCCGGCGUGUCCCUUCCGGAACAAGAACCCAACUCCGCAUACCUCGCCACAGCAGCCGCCCUGACCGCCGGCGCCAUGACUGUCUACACACCCACAAACCCAGUCACCCUCGAUCGCCUCUCCAACGAUAUCUCGUACCUCCGCUCCCAAUUCGCAAAUGAGCACGGCGCGCCCCGAGCCGGCAAACUGAUCAUUCGCACUGAAAACACCUCCCCGCAAUACAGCACCGACAUGAUCGCGCGGAUCAUUCAAGACGAGGCUCAUGGACGGUUUGAGGCGAAGGGCGUCGUGCCGGGACAUUUCCAACAGGGCGGGAAGGUCUCCCCGAUUGAUCGUAUCAGGGCGUUCCGGUUGGCUGUUAAAUGUAUGGAGUUCCUUGAGGGAUGGGCUGGUCGACCUGUGGGUAUUGAUGGGGAGGGAGUCGCGCGGAUCGGGAUCAGAGGAAGUAGGGUUCUGUUGGAGGAAUUGGGCGAUAUUAAAGAUGGGAAUGGAAAUGGGAAUGGCGAGGGAGAUGCGGAGAAGAAGGCGUGGGAAGGAUUGCAGGAUGUGGUGGAUUUCUUGUCCGGCAGGGCUGUUCUGUAG